CUCUCCUUCCCCAUCCAGGCACACUACCAAUCUAACCCCCCUUUAACUUCCCAUGACUCUCCGCGUCCUCAAGCCCCGCCCUCAGCUCUUCUGCCCCGCCCCGAAGUUUGAGGGGUGUGGAUGGUUUGUGACCCCCUCACCUGACCCUAACCAUCACCGGCUGGGAGAGCCCGGCUUGGGCACUGCGACCGAAACCCAGAAGCCCUUCGGUUCGGGGGGCACAUGGACUCUACUGCCACGGGAAUAGGACCCCUCAGACGCAGAGCCAUCGCUUCAGAAAAAGCAGGGUCGGGGACGACUCCCCGCCGCACGGUCAGGGUCGUCCACAGGCCUUGGAGCAGGCAGAUACGGGGUCCUCUCUGGCCCCUGCCCACGGCAGUUCCUUGUGUCCUCCGUUUCCAUCUGUCUUUGCCACAGUUUUCUUUUGUGUAAAUCACGGCUCCUGACAUUAACCUUUACCAUCAGGGGUUAGUGUGGGAGUGAGACGUAAUUGCUAUCAUUUGUUUAUGGAACAGUGUUAAUUAUUUUGCUUCGAUGAUUUCACGUCAUCUUCAGAACAACCUUAUGAGUGUGGACCCGGUCAGCAGCCAGGCCAUGGAGCUCUCUGAUGUCACCCUCAUUGAGGGUGUGGGUAAUGAGGUGAUGGUGGUGGCAGGUGUGGUGGUGCUGAUUCUAGCGUUGGUCCUAGCCUGGCUCUCUACCUAUGUAGCAGACAGCAGUAACAACCAACUGCUGGGCACCAUCGUGUCAGCAGGCGACACAUCUGUUCUCCACCUGGGGCACGUGGACCAGUUGGUAAGCCAAGGCACUCCAGAGCCAACUGAACUCCCCCAUCCGUCGGAGCAUAAUGAUGAGAAGGCUGAAGAGACCAGUGAUAGUGGGGGAGAUGCCACUGGGGAACCUGGAGCCAGGGGAGAUGUGGAGCCCAGUCUUGAGCAUCUCCUGGACAUCCAGGGCCUGCCGAAAAGACAAGCAGGCCUGGAAAGCAGCCGCCCAGAAGCUGGACUGGCAUUAGAGCAUAGCACGUGCCUCUCUCCCAGCCCUAGCCUCAUCAAUGUUCGCCUCAAGUUCCUCAAUGACACCGAGGAGCUAGCUGUAGCCAGGCCAGAGGACACUGUGGGUACCCUAAAAAGCAAAUACUUCCCUGGACAAGAGAGCCAGAUGAAGCUCAUCUACCAGGGUCGGCUGCUGCAGGACCCAGCACGCACGUUGAGUUCGCUGAACAUCACCAACAACUGUGUGAUUCACUGCCACCGCUCACCCCCAGGAGCACCUGUUUCUGGCCCCUCGGCCUCCUUGACCCCCUCAAGCACUGAACCAUCCAGCCUUGGUGUCAACGUGGGCAGCCUCAUGGUGCCUGUGUUCGUGGUGCUUUUGGGUGUGGUCUGGUACUUCCGCAUCAACUACCGCCAGUUCUUCACCGCGCCUGCCACGGUCUCCUUGGUGGGAGUCACGGUCUUCUUCAGCUUCCUAGUAUUUGGGAUGUAUGGAAGAUAAGGACAACAGGAGACAAAGGCAUGGUCUUCCUUCUUCACAGCUGCCCCCCUUUCCUGGCCAGAGCUGGGCCCAAGGACCUGGGAGGGAUGGGAAGGAUAUGGGGGGUACCCUGUCCAUAGGACCCAGGAAGCAGAUGUGUGUCUUCCCUUUGUGUCCACAGGGUACGGAUAUCUCUGCAAGCACAACUCAGGUAGAAACAAGGAUAUCACCUUCCCUCUUUUAGAAUCCCGAGGUUCAAAGGCCAAGCUCAGUGAGAAGCCUGGCCUCUAGGUCUUCCCUCCUGGCAGUGGCCCUAGCCCUUCCCCAGUGUCUUGCAUGUCUGCUCCCUAGCCCCUGGGGUUGCUGCCAGGGCAGCUCAGCAUGGCCUUAGUGCACCCCUGUAGGGAGCCUCAAGUACCUUCCACUCCUUAGAUGAGUGGAUCUUUUGAAACUAACUUCAUAGACAGGGACGAAGACUGCCAGCUUUCCCUAUGGUCCCCAGCUGCCACCACCUCCUUCCUGUGCCCCUUGUAGCAGAAUAGGAUAUUUUGCUCUCUUUCGAAGCACUUUGCUUGCUUUUUUU